UAUUUUAAACAUUAUUGCAAUUACCUAUAAAAUCUGUUUAAGGGCGAAAAAAAACAUCCUGUCGUUAUUCCAAAAUGCAGUGUUGUCCUUUACGCAUUUUGCAUGUCCUUACCAUAGACUGUAACUUAGGUCCUGCGUAACUUUCAGUGUAUUUAUUUCCAAGUGUGAAUGCUUAUAUUAACAGUUUGCGCCAAAAAUCAUGGGAGGACACGACGCUGGAACUCACCACCAGUUCACUGGCAUUGCCAAGUACUUCAACUCAUACACCAUCACAGGCAGGAGGAAUUGUGUGUUAGCCACAUACACCAGUAUUGCUGCCAUUAUCCUCUUCUUUAAACUGAAGCCCAAGAAGCAGAAGGCCGUGAAAUCAAGUUAAUUUAUAGAUGUCUUGUGAUGAAACUAGGGGUGUGGGAAGCUGGAUGUCCUUGUUUUGACCUCAUCACUUCAGUUCAACUAUGUAAAGAAUAAUAAUAAAGAAAAAAAAAAUCACUUACACUAAACAAACGUUGUGUAGAA